UAUUCUCUUACUAUAAACCAGAUUUGAAACUCUAAAGAGGAACACCAUGGAAGAAGAGCAACCUCCGGCCAAGAAACGAAAUAUGGGAAGAUCUAGAAAAGGUUGCAUGAAAGGUAAAGGCGGUCCAGAGAACGCCACGUGUAAUUUCCGGGGAGUUAGGCAACGGACUUGGGGUAAAUGGGUGGCUGAGAUCCGUGAGCCUAACCGUGGGACUCGUCUCUGGCUCGGCACGUUUAAUACUUCAGUCGAAGCCGCCAUGGCGUACGAUGAAGCCGCUAAGAAACUUUACGGACACGAGGCUAAACUCAACUUGUUGCACCCACAACAACAACAGCAACAAGUGGUGAAUAGGAACUUGUCUUUCUCGGGCCACGGGUCUGGUUCUUGGUCUCAUAAGCUCGAUACGGUUUGUGGGUUGGACCUUGGUCUAGGCCCGGCAAGUGGGCCACGAGGUUCUUGGUCAGGGAGAUCGAGUUUUCUACAAGAAGACGAUGAUCAUAAUAAUAAUCGAUGUGUGCCUUCAAGUGGCUCGAGUCUUUGUUGGUUAUUACCUAAACAAAGUAAUUCACAAGAUCAAGAAAGCGUCAAUGCAGCGAGUGGCGGGAGUGGCGAAGGCGGUGGUGGCUCUUCAUUAACGUUUUCGACCAAGUUGAAACCGAGGAACAUGGUGAAUCCGAAUUAUGGGUUAUCAAAUGGAGCUUGGUCGAGGUUUCUUGUGGGGCAAGAAAAGAAGACGGAGCAUGAAGUGUCAUCAUCAUGUGGCUCGACGGACAAUAAGGAGAGCAUGUCGGUUCCUAGUUGCGGCGUAGAGAGGUUGCAUAGGCCGGAGAUGGAACAAGGAACAGGGUAUCUGGAAAUGGAUGAUCUUUUGGAGAUUGAUGAUUUGGGUUUGUUGAUUGGCAAAAAUGGAGAUUUCAAGAAUUGGUGUUGUGAUGAGUUUCAACAUCCAUGGAAUUGGUUCUGAGAGGUUUUAUUUAUUUAUUUAUUAUUAUUUAUUAUCUUUAGUAUCUCUUAUUAUAUUCGGUUUAGGAUUGUUAAUUUGUUAUAUACAUCAAUCGUGGGAUCUUUUUAUGUGUGUAAAUAGGUUUGAGUAUGUUGUGAUUUUUUUUCUUAAAAGUUAUGUAAAAAGAAUAUUAAUAGAUUUGAAGCAAGUUUUCGAGUGAUCACUAUGUAUAAUGUGACAGACCAAAUGUUACAAGGUUUUGGCAGAUUGAAGACUAGCAUGUUAGGGCAUGUUUAUCGGGGGUUGUAAGGGGUUGUAAGAGUUUUGUUGGGUUAAAAUUAAAUCAAAAGAAAAGAAAAUAAGGAAGAGGCUCUCUUAUAUAAGAUACUGAAAUCGAUCAUAAGAGACUGGUACGUGUCCAUUUUUCGUUGACCAAGAGAAUAAUAGAAAAGGGAUAAAAAAAAAAUUGCUGACAAACAAUUCUUUCUUUCUUUCUCCCUUUCUCUCCCGAUCAAUUUCCUACUUUCUCUCCCGAUCAAAGUCUCGAUCCGACAAAAGAAGAUCUGCUUUAAUCGGAGGUUAUAGAAUCAGUAAAGUCCAUGGUCGGAGGCGAUUUGAAUCGGCGUAGAUCUUAUCGGAGUAAUAUCUUUGAAAUGGGUUCCGUUUCUCUGCAUCUCUAGCUUCGCUCUCGGAGCAAUCUUCACCUCCAGGUCAUGUGUCAGAUUCCGGAAGUCAGCUAAUCGCACAGCACCGUCGUGAUCAUGAACUUCAGAGUUCAGAUUGUGUCAGACGAUUGUGCGCAUAAUAAUAAAGUAUGCUUCUUUAUUCUAUCUAGUCUGAGGCUUUUGUUAAAUCAGUGCUCGAUAAAACCAAGAGUUACACUAGAUAGAUUAUAAAAGAAUCUGACUUUGGUAGCUCAAUUUGGAAAUUCAUAGUUUUCAAGUGUUUUAAGGAAUGAUUUUAGCUCUGAAUUUUUGAAGAUAUGUUGCGAUGAUUGAUUGUGUUUGGACUUUGUUUGCAAAGAGAUUUGGGUUCUAUUCAGGCUCAGGCCAACGAAAUAAUUUGAUCAAUGGGUGAGGUAUGUACACUUCUUAUAUAUAUGGCUUCUUCUUCUUCUUCUUCUAAUUAUUAACCAGUAAGCUUUUUCUUUUUUGCAUUACAAAAUGAGAAAUUAUGUCACUUCCAACUGGAUGAAUCUUCGGUUACUUCCAACUCUGUGGUCUUCCCUUCCACUGAGAAGACUCUUUAUCUGGAACAUUUUACUUAAUUAUGUAUCUUUUCUUAUUUGUAGUUGGUCUUUAAAACCUUUUAACUUAUCUAGAUGUGUGAAAAUGGCAAUCCUGAUACACUUGUGAUUGAUGAAAAUGGUUUGUUACAUUAUAUUAUUGGGAUGAUGAUGGACAGAAUCUUAUCUUUUUGUGUGUUUUGGUUUUUCAAGAAGGUGUGAUACCAUCAUUAAGCGAUUUGGUCUGCUACAAGAAGGUGUGAUGCCAUCAUUAGUAUCAAUCUCAGUGAACGGGAGUGCACGAGGUAGAGAGAAGUCUCAGAAGCUUUUAAUGUUGUUUAGGGAACAAUGUCAGCAACGGGACCAGCCAUCUCCAAACAUAGAUGAGUCGCCACAAAAGGAACCUCCCCGGAAAUCUCUCUCAGUACUGAUGUCUCUCCAUGGAUCAACAACUCCUGCCUCACCUUCAGUUGAAGGUUUUGAACCGAGAGUCUUGUCGAAAUCCAUGUCGAGAAGAAAGUCUUUGGCUAGACCAUUCAGCUUCUUCUGGAAGAAAAGCUACUCGAUUCGCCAGUGAGAAAGAAGAAAUAUCACAUAUUCAAACAAACUUUGUAUGUAAAAGCUUUGUUUUUUUUUUGGUUUUCUUACAAGUUACAGAAGUUAUAUCAUAGAGAAAGAAGAUAUGUACAGGCCCCAUUGUGAUUAUACUCGAUUUUUGCUGUUACUAUGUAUAUCAAGUAAAUAUAAAUAAAACAAAACCCCAAUUUUAACAUCA